ACAACAUGUUGCGAAUGCUGCUAAUGGCGAAGCUGAGAGAUGGCGCUCAAAUGUGGCUGCAUGGUAACACAAAACACCAGACCAUGCCCAUGAACGAGCUGCUGGAACUAAUGUUGACGACUUUCUCGGUAAAGGAAAACAAGAUGGCCCUGCGUCGGUAGUUCGAAACGCGCAAGUGGAAGACAGGUGAAGAAUUUCUUGAGUAUUUCAACGAAAAAAUGCUGCUAGCUUCGCUUAUCAGCAUCGAUGAGGAUGAAUUAACAGAGACUAUAAUAGAAGGGAUACCGGAUGAACAACUACGGCGCCAAGCCCAAAUGCAGGGUUUUGCACAGGCAUCACAAGUCCUACAUGCAUUUAAGACCAUAAAGCUGUCGGGAAACAAGCCGGAACGUUGGAUCAAGACUGCAGAACAGAAAUCUGGUACAAUGGCGGUGCGCUGCUUCAACUGCAAUUCACUGGGCCAUUUUGCUUCGGAGUGUCUGAAGACAAAGCGGGAGCGCGGAGCCUGCUAUGGAUGUGGAAGUAUGGACCACCAGAUCUCCCAUUGCACAGAAAAUAAACGUGCAAGUCAUGAAUAUAAUGUCUCAUCGAUUCGGGGAGCCCAAUAACCUUUGGGAAAAUUUCGUGCCUGGAAAGGAGUAUUGACAAUGAAGUUUAUAAAUGUAAUUUUGAAAAAUUGUUAAAACGUUGUUUUGGUCCACAAAUAGAUGAAGG